CGUUGCAAACAGGAAGUCAAUAUUUCCCGGAAACUAGCGUAAGCUGUCUUUUGUUUUCUUUUGUGUUUGUUUUCUGUACCAUAGUAAUGGUCUUUUUUAAAUUAAGGUGCCCAGUGAUAUCAUUUAAAGGGGUAUUUUUUUAAAGUUAUUUUGUUGUAGGUUAAUGUCUUUUCAUAAGAAUUUGCGACAUUUUACGUUUAUUGUAAAUUAGCCUCUUAGACUAACAACAGAGCUAACAGGCCUAAAGCCUAUCUGUCUAUUGUGUGCUCGUCCACAAAAAUCGUCGUAAUAUUAUAAACAACAGCUUGUUUUAUUUUAGAAAUAUCGCAUAUCUCGGUGAACAACACGCCCGGACCGCUGUUAUCAAUUUUACUUCAAGGUAACCUUAGCUGGAUCGGCUAACAGCUUUAUUGUGGUCCGUGAACUGGCUGCUCCCAUAUUUACGAACGGAGCGCUAUCAACCGACUGUUAGUAAGAGAGUGACAAAGGGAAGGUAACUCAAAAAAUAAGGAGAUCUGAUAACUAUGUAUGCUCCGCCGGCUUCUAACGUUCCUGGAGCCCGAAGGAGGAGAGCUGGCACGUCAUUGCCCAAGCAGCCAGAGAGGAGCUUGAUAUCGGCUUUGCCCGGAGCCUUGUCCAUUACAGCGUUGUGCACCGCGCUGGCUGAGCCAGCUUGGCUCCGUGUUCACGGGGGCACCUGUCCGAGGCAAGAGCUGGGAGUGGCAGAUGUCUUGGGGUACAUUGAUCACAAGCUUCUGGAUGAUUACUGUGUGAACCCACAAACUAUCCUGCUGCUGAGGGUAAUAGCAGCCUUCUGUUUCCUGGGUAUCCUGUGCAGUCUAACUGCUUUCCUGUUGGAUGUGUUUGGACCCAAACACCCUGCUCUAAAGAUCACACGUAGAUAUGCUUUUGCACAUAUACUUACAGUGUUGCAGUGUGCCACGGUUAUAGGCUUUUGCUACUGGGCCUCAGAGUUGAUCUUGUCACUACAGCAGCAACACAAAAAGUAUCACGGCUCUCUCAUAUACGUCACAUUUGCCAUCAGUUUCUACCUGGUGGCAGGUGCUGGUGGAGCAUCUAUUCUUGCCACAGCUGCAAACCUCUUGCGCCACUACCCCACUGAGGAGGAAGAGCAGGCCUUAGAGCUUCUCUCAGAAAUGGAGGACAGCAGCGAGACUUUUCCUGUUGAUUAUGACAUUACCAAUCAGUUUCAACCGCCACCCGCCUACACACCCUAAUGCCAUCAGACUGUCCUUGCUGACGCUUUUUUUUCCCCCCACUCAGCACAGCUAUUUGCUUGAUGUGUGAACCGCACUCUUUAUCAAAUUGAUAUCUUUGCAAAUAUUCUUGGCAGUGAAAACAGUGUGUGCACAGCUAGUGCACAGAUUCUUUGAAUGACAGUGCUUGGAUGCAUGAAUGCUUUCUUUAGUGGUGUUGGGAAUUUAGGAAAUAUUUCUUACUUUCACCACUGAAGUGGUUAGUGAUUUGCAUGUAAAUGGCUUAUAGGAUCUGGUCCUUACAUGUAAAGAUAACUAAACUGCAAGGAACCCUUAAGAGGGCUUAACGCAAGACAUUGAUGAAGCAGCCACAGCCUGAUCUGUUCAACUGUAAAAUCAGGGAUGUUGGCAGAUUGUCAGUGGUUGCCGCAGUUGAACUUGAACGAGGCUUCGUUAAACAGCAUUGUCAUUUAAUUUGAUGUGCUUGCCAUGUAUAUGAUUUUUUUUCUUGAUACAUCAUAGAUGCAGAAAUACAUGUACACUGACAAGAUUGUUUUAGACAUGUAUUUUAUAUAAAUUAAUAACAAAUGUACCUUAUUUAUUGUAUGUACUGUCUUUUUCUUUUGUUUUUCUUUUACUUUUUCACCAUGUUGCUGUUAGUGACUUCUCUGUUCAGUUAGUUUUCUUUGUUCACCUAUGUACCUGGAAUAAGGAAAAUUGUCAAAAAUUUGAGACAUGUCUAUUAAAGGGUGUUCGCAGCAUGUGUUGUACAUUGAGAGCAACCUGCCUCAGAGAAACGGAGCGAUAUUCAGCAACAAACCUCACAGCAUAAGUUAGUUGUCAUGUUUAUUGUAAUUGAUUUUUUU